UACAUUUUUAGUGUACUUCUUUGUUGUACCCCAGAAGACUUGAAAUGUUGUUGACAGGACCCAACAAUGCUACAUUAAUAACAAUGCAAAGAUGUCAUGGUGACUCCACACACAAUUGUUCCUUAUCUCUCUCUGGUCGUACAUGUAGUACAUGUACUAUUAGUUCUAGUACUUAAUAGAAUUUUAUUCACUUCCCUCUUCGUACGAGUUUUCCACCUCUGAGAGCACAUAUCAAACCACAACUAUGAAUGAAACAGCAUGGAUGUCUAAGCAUACCUACACUCCUAAUCAAUAUUCUUAUUUUAAGCUUGAGGGAGAAGAUCCUAACAAAGCAAAACUACAACAUCUGGCAAGGAGCUACUACUCGCUUUAAUGAUUUAAUGGCAUUCCUGCAACAUCUUGAAAAAUACAAUGUUGUUUUCACAGGAGGAAAUGUAUGAGGUGAUGAUGCGAGUUCAGAAUCAAAAAGUGGGUUACUUAAAAACGGCAGUAUUUGAGUUACAGAGGCAAAAUGCAGUGCUUAUUAAUGAAGUUAUUCGUUGCAACAGCAGAGAAUGUGUUGAUAAUUCUGAGAAACGUUGUUUUGAGCUGAUUGACUCAGUGAAGCACCCAAGAGAAGUGUUAGCACCAAACUCAGGAUACUUCCAAAAGGUUUUGGACUUGGAGCAAAAAAUAACACAACUUGAAGAAGAAUUAAACCAGCACAGAAAUUUGGUCCAACACCAAGAUUUGCAAGUUAAGUCUCUACUAAAAUCCAGACAGAAGCUAACAGAUAGAUUUCAUAAAGAACUUGAAUUACAGAAGAAAAAGGCAGCAUCUGAGGUGCAAGCUGCUCUACUGGAGGAAAAAGCAAAACAUCUAUUGAUUCUGGCCAACCAAGGAAUUGAGAGAACUAAACAGUUUGAGACAUCUAUAUCAACAUUUUACGAUAAAUUCCAAGAUGUUUUGCUUGCUGCUCAAGCUAAAAACUCUCAAAGCCGUCAUGAUGAUUUGCAGAGAAUAAUCGAGCUGGAGCAGAAAUUGAUAUCAUCCGUUACAACAUUGUGAAGUGUGAAGCAAAAUAUUUUGAGAUAUAAAAAAAAGAGGAAUUGUAAUAAUGGAUUCAGAUUACACAAAAUAACAUUAACAACCAUCAGAUUUAUUCCAUGAUUUUCAGUUCAUUUCAUUUCAUUUAGCAUUUGUAUUCACAAUAAGACUUCCUAACAGUCUCCCAGUUAACUCAUCACUACAGAGUUAGAUAAUUUAAACUCAUGAAAAUUUACAACAAAUGUCAAGUUUGUAUAUUUUU